AUGGCAUUAUUUGUUUUUGAUAUUGACAUCACUCUGGUUAUGGCAUUAUUUGUUUUUGAUAUUGACAUCACUCUGGUUAUAGCAUUAUUUGUUUUUGAUAUUGACAUCACUCUGGUUAUAGCAUUAUUUGUUUUUGAUAUUGACAUCACUCUGGUUAUUAUUGUUAAAUAUAACUUUUUCGCUACUGGAAUCGCUGUAAUGUUUCAAAGGUUAACAGCGACCCCAAGUAUCGGAGAAGUGAACCAGCUAGGAGGCGUGUUUGUUAACGGCCGACCACUUCCCAAUGCUGUUCGACUUCAAAUCGUCGAACUUGCAAAACUGGGAGUUCGCCCAUGUGACAUCAGCCGCCAGUUACGUGUGUCCCACGGCUGCGUCUCAAAGAUUUUGACUCGCUAUCACGAGACAGGUUCCAUUUUGCCAGGAGCUAUCGGUGGCAGCAAACCUCGAGUCACCACUCCUAAAGUUGUAGCCUACAUUAAGGACCUGAAACAAAACGAUCCGGCUAUUUUUGCUUGGGAGAUUAGAGAGCGCUUGUUGGCUGACGGGUUGUGUGACAAGCACAAUAUUCCUUCUGUCAGCAGUAUCAGCAGAAUCCUGAGGAAUAAAACUAGAUCGUUAACCUGUUCUCUGAAUCCUCGCUACCUUUAUGAAACGUCUAAGGCAACCAGACUUUUAUAUCAUCCUUUUUAUCCUCAUACCUAUUCUUCCACCUCACCAACAAUAACCUCUUUGGCUUCCAGCUACUCUGCUCCACCAGUGAAGAAUAUGACAUCAGUAGAGUUAGCUAGCCCUCCCACAACCUUUGCUUCAGUAUGUGGUUGGCCCAUGCCUCACUCCGUAUCCUCCCUUCUUGGUCAUCAGGUGUCUUUACAAUCCGGGUCACUCCACAGAAGAAAUAUGUUCUCAGAUAACCAAUUUAGUAAUCCCGUCCAACCGUGUAACACAGAUGGUCAGAACAACUACAACAACUAUAUGUACACUCAAACUUUGCACAACACCUAUCUUGAUCCUUUUCCCAUUCCGAUGCCUGAUGCAAACAGUCCCAUGAUUCAGAAGCCCAGCUCCUGUACAAAUUAUUAAACUCAAUAGCAAUGUUGUUUGGAAUAUGUUCCGUAGUUCAACCUUUAGUCACGUGAAAAUUUGUGUUUUAUCUAAUUUUUUGUAAAUUUUAUUUUCCGUAAACCUAUUAAUUAGAUUAUUAU